UUGACUUCCACACCGAUGUAGGUUGUGGUGUGGGUGAGCUAUCACACCGCAUCCGCUCGGUUCCAGCAUUUCGAGUGGCAGGCGGCACCCCGCCAUGGUUCACGCUGUGCGAGCAUGAAGCAACACCGUUAGUCCGGGGGCAGCUGGGUUCAAGGCAGUGUUCCUCCCCGUGACAAACCUCUCCCCAGUCCGUAGAGUGCAGUGGUGGUAGCGCCGUGUCGCAGGCUGGCAGGGCGGUGACUAACCUACUCUCACACCAACUCUGGCAGGCCACCAUGUGUGCCUUAUCGGGUGUUUGUGGCCUUUCACGUGUUGUAAAUGACCGAGGGAACAAGGUACGGUUGCCACUGUCGUGCGUGUGUUUGGAGGGCUCUGGAGAAAACGAGGAGUGGACUGUUUACUUCCGGCGGUUUGUCAACAGGCUCUCCCGUGCUUCUGAGAGGUUUUCUCUGGCUGCCGCCACAGGAAAAGGGGAAAAAAUGGAAUCGUAGGUGCUUCUGAGAGUAGUUGGAGUCGAUCGACGAAGAGGCUGGAGAAGUGGGGUUAGUUUGUGGGGAUUUAACACCUUUGAAGAGUUUGGAGGUGGCCAGGUAGCGUGGUGCUGUAAACGUCGACAAGUGCCGUGUGUGUUGUACCACCUGUAUCUAGGAGAGAGCACAGAUAAAACAAACAACAUGGCAGGCAUCUCAACCAGAGAGUAGAAUCCCAGGACCUGGAGGGGGAUAUGGAGGAAGAGAAAAAAGACGAUCAUUCUUGCCUGCUCCAAAAUCCUACUCGGGAAUACCAACCCCAGGGUUGUCCUCCACGUCAGUCAUCUCAUCGGACUACACAGCUGCACCGACUCUUCCUUCUAUCAAGGCACCAGGGAGUGUGAAAAAAGACAACUUUCAUGAAGAAUCUCAAGCAGUUAGAGAAGAGAUACCUGGAGCAUCUCACUUAAAGAUCAAUGGAAAGGUUACCAUAGGUGGUGUCAAGCCUGGGAUACUGCGCUAUGUGGGCAAAACACACAUUGCUCCUGGUUUCUGGUGUGGGGUGGAGCUUUUCGAUGCAUCAGGUUUGCAUGAUGGCGAGGUAGAUGGAAAGCGUUACUUUUCGUGCAAACCUUUCCAUGGAAUUUUUGCACCUCUGGACAAAGUUGUUCCCAAGCCUGAAGAAGCCAGUGAAAGUUAGAUCUUUUCCACCUCCUACUGCUACUCAGGAACAGGAUGAACAGACGCUUGAUAAGAAGGAAGAUGUAGAAUUAACUGCUUUGGUAACUGAUCUCCCUGAAAGAACUCCAUUUGGAGAUCCUGCAGGAGAACCUAUUCAGGCUAAAGCAGCAAGUUCUGGAAAGUCGCAGAUUGCACGCCUUUCUAGCAUCCCAAGAAUAGGACCAGCAGAAAAGGUGGUCAAAUCCACUUCGGCUGAGAGCUUUUUAAAGGAUAGCACUGACACACCCAAGGCCCCUGUAAAAUCUGGAUUGACCAGAAUAGCAGCUUUUAUUAGGAGGGAUAGACCUCCUGUUUCUCAGCUGAACUCGACAUUUGUUGUUGAGAAUCAGUCUGUCAACAGAAGCAGUACUUCCUUUGAUGAUUUGGAUCUGGAAGGAAGUCUAGAUGAAAACUACAUUCAGAGAGUUGAGAAGAAGUUGCAAUCUGAUAGCCGUCAGUAUUUUAACAUCACAUUCAAUAAAGAAGGUCUGCCUGGGACUCCACAGUCAGUCAGUAAUUUGCCUGAUGUGGUUUCGUCUGCCUCACCUACUCCCUCUCCACCUUCACACAGCAAGAUCCCUGGUGCACUAAAUCAGACCCAAAGUGCCCAAGAUAUUGCAUCCACUGUUGCUUCUGACAUGAGCUUGGGUCUUUUGGAACCUGACCUUCUUUUGGAUGAUACAAACCUCCUGGACAAUCUGUCAGGUGGCGAGAGAGUUGUUUCGUCAACAAGUGAAUCAGAUAUUUCUCUCUCUGGUAAUUCUAGUACUUUGGAAGAGACCUCCAUUGCUAUUGCUGACCUUUGUGAGGGUCAGACAUCAACCCCAUUGCAAGGAAAUAAUUUAAGAAAACUGCUUGGUCGUAAGGGAGUUAGUGUUUCGGAUGUGGAUGUCCAGAGAAGCGAGGAUAUCACAGAAAAUGAGACAAAAACAGAGGAGAUAAGACAGAACUUCUCAGUUGUGCAGGACAGAUAUCGGGAUAGUGACAGCAGCAGCAGCAGUGGUGCUGCAUUUCCAGUGAAACAGGAACUACUUCAGGAAGAAGGCUCUAAUGGUAUUCUCCUGAAGUGUCCCAAGUACUAGAAUGGGACUACGACCACGAUGCAUUUGAUGUAAAGCUUCUGGAGAAGAGCCAAGAUGGCAUGUCCACCAGUACAUCAGAUUCUUGCAGUGAGACCAGUGUGGAUCCCUUGGGACCCUUGGUCGAGAAAAGUGGUGCUGACCUGGAGCUGCCCUGCAAUGAAAUGGAUGAAUCCAACCAGUUUGAAGACAAUGAAGAUGGUUUUGAAAACAUUGACAGCAUUGAAGAUUUCCCCAUUGGUAUGUCUAAAGAGGCUAAACAUCUUAUGACUGAUUCUGGGAUUUCUGAAAAAGACUUGAAAGAUUUCGGAGAUCAGACCACUGAUGCUGUGUCAAAUCGAAGAUCAGUAGACUUUGAUGCAACAGUUGUAAUACAUUCUGACCAAGACAUUGGUGCAAAGUCUGGUUCAGCUGGUAUACCAGUCACAGAUGAAAACCUUUCUAGGGAUUUAGCAAAUGGACAUAACAAGCAAGAGCGCCCACUUUCUUUGAUCUCUACAACAAGUGCUGACACAGGAUAUGCUCCUGACACGGAUUCUGAAGCUGGAACUUUAACAACCAAUUCCCCAACUGACUGGACAGAAAAACAUCAGCUCAGUGGGCAAACAGUGGCAGCUCAUUCAGAUGUCAAAGCAAAAGGGUUGGGAUUAAUGAAAAGACAACCAUCUGGGCUCCAAGGAUUAAAGGAGAAUGAGUAGAAGUUGAUGGAGAUCUAUACAGCGACACAGCAGUGACAGUAAUAGACCUGGAGGCAGAGGCUCCAUCAGAAAUAGACGAUUUAGACAGGACGGACUGCCCCGAGUCAGUGAAUAGUGAGAAAGCAGGCGAAGAAGAGGGCGAAGCAACGGACACCAGCUCGUCAGAAAAUGAGGCCGACGAAAGACCUGAGGACGAUCGAAUAGAAGCUGACCAGCCGCUGAUAGAGACGAGCAGAACGACUCGGGCAGGAGCUGCUGGCGAGAGCAGAGAGUCCUCGCAAGAGGACAGCAUCACCAGCCAGGAUGCGGUCCAGCUGAACAGCGAGAUGACAGAGAGCGCCGAACCCUUGGCACCCCAUGACGAAGAAAAGGAAGAAAGCGACUCCACCGUAAAGGAAGUAACGCCAACCAAAUCUGAGGACGGAGCCUUGGCAGACUUCGAUGCAGGGGCGGUCUCAGCCCAGGUAGGGGAUGAAAACUUGGAGAGAAAGGAAAAUCAGCGUAAAGACAGCAAGGAAUCUCUUGACACCUCCGCUCACAAGAAGGGCAAGGCAGUACCACGAAAGAUAGUCAUCGAGCACAAAAAAGUCAACGUCAAGGCCGCCACUUCCAAGCUGGCCGACUAUAUCAAGGCGCCUCUUCCCGUUAAACCCAAGGAAGAGAACAAAAUGGACGCAAAGCCAAAAAGGAACAGCGCUGCCAACACCAGCAAGAGCCUCAAGCAGCAGGACGCCAGUCCAGACAACAGCGUGGCCAGCGUCCCCGACAAAUCCAAGGGUGACAGCCUUCUUACAGACGAGAAGAAACAGGCGUCAGUUAAAGAAGAGAAGCCGAAGGUGAAACGAGCCACCCCCAAGAGCAAGUGGGGCAACAUCAUGUCGCAGAUCGAGGCCAACAAGGAUACGAAAGGUCAAACCCAAGACGGAAGUGAAGAGCUCGAUUGCGGCGUACCUCAGCACUCCAGUUCCCGUCCUGCCGGCCAAGAAGGACAAGGAGGACAUGCCCCCGCCCAAGCCCAAACUUAAGAUCGCCAGGCACACCAAGCCGGACUUCAGCAACGUGCGCAGCAAGCUGAACAUCUCCAUCUCCUCCCCAAGCCGCCGUCCGCGCAGCGAGACGGGGAGCCGGACGCCCAGACCAAAGAGGAGUGCAACCCCCGGAAGGGUGCGCCUAAGGUGGGCGGCAAGCUACUGAUGCUGGACUACAACGAGAAAGUGGACAACUGGUCCAUAGCCUCGGCAACCAGCAGCCGCACUGACCUUAGCGUCUUCGACGUGACCGACAGCGCCUCGCCUUCGCCCGGACAGCCGGAUGUGGAGAAGAAAGGCAAUUCCGCCAGUCGCGCUGUCCCCCGCCUGAAGGGCGAGCGCCCGGGCAGCGUGGCCAGCUCCAGGUCUGACGUCAGCACUGCCCAGCGCUCUGUGAAGGCAAUGAACUUGAAGAACGCCCACAAAACGGACAGUCGUGCCUCCGAAGCCAACCAAGUCAAGAAGUCGUCUGCCAAAAGCUCCAUUCCACCUCUGACACCCCGACGAGCUGAAAACAAAGCGACACCCAGCACUAAACAGCAGCCGCCGCCACCAGAGCGCGCUAGUAGCGCCUCGGCCACCCGCAAACCCGCCACCACCCGAGUGCCAGACACCAAGAGCGGGGCCAGCAGUGGGCGGCCAUUGCCCAAACGCUCCACCUUGACCUGCAAUACAAGUCGCCUGAGAAGUAGGUUAGCAGUCAGCUAAAAUCUGGUCAGCCCCCAGAUGUGGUGUCCACUUCCGCCCGUGGCACGCAGGCACAAGAGGUGGCCAGACUUGAGUCCCUGUGUGAGGCCCGAACCAAAGACCUUAACUACACUAGGAUGCAGCUGAAGGCUGGACUGCAGGCCUUUGAUGCCAUGGCUUGCUUGGUCAACUACUGCGCUCAGGAUCUGGAUGCCUUCUCUUGUCCUGAGGUGACAGCCAAACUAAAGCUUGCUGAAGGAAAAGUGCUGGAACAGCAGGAGCAGAUAGAUGGGCUGCAGAAGCAGAUCGGAAUGGCUGAAGAGCAGAUUUUGGAGAUUGUCAAAGCCAAGGAUACAGCACUGGAGGAAGUUACCAAGCUGAAAGAAGAGAUUGAGGAAAAUGAGAAGACCCAUGCCGAAGCAAUGAAGGCCAUGCAGGAAGCCCACAGAGAAGCCCAGGCCAAGCUUGAAGAAGAUCUUACAGCACAACAUCAGCAAGCCAUCCAGCAGUUGCAACUCUACAAGGAGAAACAAAUAGAACGACUGCACGAUUCAAGUCGACGUCAGAUUUCGGAACUUGCAGCAGAACAUCAAAUGGCAACCAACCAGUUGCGUGUUGCCCACCUGGAGGAGAUUCAGGAGCUUAGGAACAAGCACGACAUGCAGAUGGAAGAGCUUCAUGAACAACACCGAAACAAACUGGAAGAUAUUACACGGCGAUUUGAGAGCAUCAAGAUUUGUCUCUCAGAAAAAGUAGAAUCACUCUGCCAGGAGUGCGAUGAUUUACGCUUUCGAGCCAAGUCCAGUGAAGAGGCUCUUCAGAGAGAUGCUGACACCAAGGUGCAGCUGGCAUUAGCUCCAUACCUUCACCUUCCCAAAGAAAUCGAGAGCUUAAGGACUGUGGUUGAUAUGCGCACAGAAGAAAUCCAGAGACUUCGAAAACAGAACAUGGAUCUGGAGAAACAGCUGGAGGAACUGCCUAUUGCACAAGAGAAGGUGUUGUCCCUGCAACAGAAGGUUGAGAAUCUCCAGGCUAUUAUAAGCAUCAAGACAGAUCAUGAAAAGCAGCUUCAUGAAAAAUGCCAAGUCCUGAUGAGGAAGUAUGACCGUGAAUCUCGUGCCAACAAGCGGCUUUCUAUGGACUAUGAGCAGGCCAUGUGGCGAAUGUCUCAGUCUGCUGACUUCUCACUUUCUUCAGAUAACUUGAACGUGCGCCAUCUGUCUCAUUCGCCCACCCGCACAGACUGCCAGCAUGGGUCUCCAAGUCCCAUUCGACGAAGCCAAAGCAACACUGGACAAGCAGGAGUUGACGCUGACAGUGCGGCCUCGGUGACUCGAAGGCAGCGGAAGAUUUCGGGAGGAGAUGAGGACCAUAGCAGAAGAAUACGCUGCAGAUCUGCAACUUUUGUGAUGGAAAAAUCCAGAACGCCUAAAGUCAAUGCAAGCCACGACUGUGGUACAACUCACUCUGGAUCAUCGACCAACCAGCUUAUGACCAGGUCAGCAGACUCUGCAGAUAUUGCUGAGGCCCUGUCAACAGACCACAAUGAAUCAUGGAACUUUGGCACUGAUGAUGGUGAUGAUGCUCAGUCGAACUUGGAAAGUAGCAUAGUACUAGAAAUUUCCCGAGACUUUGAGACGCCAUCUGGGAAUGUUUCCUAUUGUGUGACUGUGGCUGAUGAGGUCAAUGGUGACAAAGAGGCACAGGAUGAUGUGUUUGAUGGGAAAAGUGUUAACAGCACUGUUGCAGCAACACUGGAGACCACCAUCACCGAUCUCAGUGGCGGCAACAAAAUGGAAAUGCUGGAGACCAGUUCAUCCAAUGUGACACCACCACCACAGCAGUACCAACCACUACAAGCUUUGUUGAAAGUAGUUAAGCUCUACGUUAGAUCAUUCUGUAGGGAUUGAUUUGAACUGAAUCUAUGAUUAAUGUUAAUCCCAGGUUUUCAUUUGUCUAAUGCCAGACACCUCAUAUCAUCAGAAAUGAGGAACCCUGCACCUGACCGUGUUUGUGUCAGUGUAUAGUCGUGUACCAUCUUCCUCUAAACUUAAAAUAAGAGGGAAGACCACGACUAACUUGAUGCAUGUGGGAAAUCCUUAAACAAGCAAUGAAUGAUAGAGAAAAAAAACUGGAAAAAAAGAUUUUAAAAAAUAUUUUGGGUUUUGGCUGUAUUAUGCAGACUGCUCUACAUUUAGAGCAGUGUUGCUGAAAAGUAUUCCUGUAUUUCUGCCUUAGUAAUGUAGGCCUUUGGGAGCUGCAAGAUCAAAAGAUAGCUAAGCAUUGUUAUCUGAUUUGCAGUCCUUGAAAUGAAAUAUUGUGAUCAGUUUAUUACUUUGAUCCGGUGAACAGCUUUGUCCAGUUUUAAGGCGAAGGUGAAGUUGGGGUGAGGGGUUAUUUGUGAAAACCCCUGUGGGUUCAAACUUUAACAUCCUUUAGCACAUAUUCCGCAAAUGAGACGGCCCUAUCCCAUCACCCCGUAUUAUUUUGCUGCUAGUCAGAUGUGGUACAUAAUGGUGUGUACAAAGCACCAGAAAUGACUGCAUCCAGGCCAACUGUUUCACAUCUGAGUCAGUGGUGUGACAGAAGCUAGUCACAAGAUUUAGCCAUGACCCAGAGUACACAUAGCUUCAAAAUAGUGCCUCUUUCUUUUUAAUGACAUUGUGGGACUGUGAUAACAUGUAUCACAGAAUGUAAAACAGAUUUGUCAAGUUCUUGCAUAUCCUUCAUGAAACAGGGGCAAGUAGAAAGGCGUCUACUUUUGCUCGGGGGAGAGAAGGUAAAGGGGUAAAAAAGGCAAUGACUGCUGAAACAAGUUUGUAAAUGCUUGAAGAAUGGAAUUAGAAUAGAUUUAGUAGGAGGAAAUAGGUAACCCAUAUAAAGGGCAUUGAAGACCUGUGUUGAGUGGAAUAGUUCCCUUAGAUAACAGAAACAAAGCCUCCCUUAGUGACUUUCCCAACAGUUGUAGUUGUAGUUCAUGUUCACAGUGCUUCUGUUGUACGGAAUGAGACAUGGUGCUAUAUUUUUCCUGAUAGUUCUUUUAAAAUUGCCUUUACUAGAUUCAAUGCUUGAUAGACUUUCAUUCAUCAUCCUUAAAAAGAAAAAUAGUUGGGUUAAAGGGCAUUUCCACCGUAGAAAGUCUUUUGGUUUUUGCAUUCAUAAAAAUGUAUCUGUAGUCAGCUAUUACUAACAAAGAUUCAUUGCUACUGUUUGUGUGACUACAGAACUUGCAUUACAAUCACAGUAACCACUUCUGCACAAAUAAGGCACACAUGUCAAGUCAUCACAGUAGUUGGCGAGUGGCCCUAUGUGUAACAUGUCCUCAUUUUCCAUCCCCAUUAGAAGCACUAAACCAUUCUUCACUAGUUUUUAAAGAUUUCACAGCAACUCUGCAACAUAUUUGCAGAGGGGGAUACUGAGUCAUCAUAGGAUGGUUAUUUCCAUGAAACAUCUCCAGUUUGCCUGUUAUAACAUGCAAAUUAAAAGAUAUUGACCUUUGUAGUGAGUUUUCUUGCUCAUUAAUGUUGCAUAAUAUUUAGGUUAAACUGUUUUUUCAUCCUAUGCUGUUUAUUUUUGCUAUUAGUAUUUGAUAGCCGAUGACAGCUGGAUAAAAUAACUCUGAAAACAUGUUCUCCAAAAAUGUCUCCAGGUGUCAAGGAUAUUUGCUGGAGUGACAUAAAGAAAUUGCUCUACAUUUUCUCCCUUUAAUAUCCUAGUGGCUAGUUCAAAACUGGCAAGGCCAACGCUCGACAAGGAACUGAUACAGCUUGUUCAAUUUUUAAGCAGUAAAAAAAAACCAUAUCCAUCAGUCUCAACAGGUGUAAUGCCUUUUUUUGUGUGUAAUGGUGCUUUAUUUCUCAGACAUUUCCAUGUGUGUCAGCUCAGGACUUCGUUGUUUACUGUAGAUUUGUGGCAUGAUGUAAGAAUGUGAUAAGUACACAAGUAGAUUCCAAGUUGUACAAAGAUGACAAGUAUGUGGGUGUGUUUAUAGUGUGUCACUAUUUAAACUUGUACCAAAUUACAUUUCAUUUGUUAUUUUGUGGUUUAAUAAGUAUUUGCCGUUUAAGAGAUGGAUUUUUACAAAGAGUUUUCUCUGCAUGGUCUUUUGAAUUUAAUCCUAUAAGCUGUUUUGUCACAAGUCUGCUAUAAUUUUUUUUUUUUUUGUUUUCCUAUGGUGGAAAGAAUUAUUAUCAAGUCCAAUGCUAUGUCUGAAGUAGAUGCUUUUAAAAUAAGCAGUUUUCACAUAGAGACAGGACAUAUAUUGGCUACACUGUGCUCAGACACUUGAUAAAACUGGGAAACCAUAUGAUAAACACAGUCUGUUCUUUGAUCUUUAAUGUUUAGGGUCACUGGUUUUUGGAAAAGGGUUUAAUAAUAAGAGGCUAUGAUGGUAGUGCUGAAGUAGAAUGAGCUUAAAAGUUACUUAAAUUUAUAAUUUCUUUCAUAAUUUUGAUAUUGUAGAUUUGAAGUAUCCUUCAUUGUAGCAUAUAAUAUAUAGAUGAUGCAAAUCCCAAAACAAGAAACCUUAAUAUCGAUCACAUUGUCUAUGAUGAACAUGCAUGUAAUUAAGAAUCUUUUACUACUUAAAGUGAAUGUGAUUUUGAGAGAUUUUCUGAUACUUUUCUUACAUACGAUGGCCUCUUCUCCUAAGAUGCAAGAUUUGUUUGGUACAGUUUGAUUGCAGUUAAAGUUUUAAAUUGUUAUUGCAUGAAAAGAGUAUAUUUCUUUGUUGUUGGUUACUUUGCCUAAAAAUUCUAUGAAGUUCGUGUUUCGCUAUUGCAGAUUUUGUAACACCGUGUUCCUCAAAAGGAUAUAGAUUUGUUGUAUCAUGCAUUGUAAAUGGGCCCUAACUGAGCCAUGCACAUGUAUAUAGACGAUUAUGUGCUUGUAAAUAACAGCCUUUAUGUUGUCAUUCCCCCAUCUUUGUAGGUUAUCUUUCCUGAAUGAUGUGGUGACAGUGUAUUAUGGACCAUAACUUAUUUUCCAGCGUGUUCCUAAAACUUAAAACAAUUCCAAGGAAGUAGAUUUAGAAACAGUUUUCAACAGUUGCUCUGCUAUGCCUUUAAACAAAAAUUUGCUGACAGGAACAAAAGUUCAGAUUAAUUAGAUGUAUCUUAUCUGAAACAAUUUUAGUAUUUAAAAAAAGUUUUUGAUUUGUGUUGUGCACUGUGUCUCUAUAAACCUGAUUAAACUUAUUUAAGGCCUUGAAGUGUUUAAAAUUAAAAUAUGUUGUGCAAUUUUCCUCAAAACAGUGAUUUUGCAAAUUUUAAAAUAGUUCAAGUCAGGCUUGGAAGUUGCAGUUCUCUAAUGAAAUACAGCUGCCUUAGGACAGUACAUCCAAAUGUUACAACUUCUUUGGUGUUUAGUCUACAUAGCGGCCAAGGGUGAAGUGUUAAAAACAGGACUAACUGGACAGGAGAGCAUAUACAUAUAUACUAGAGAGUGGCAUGAAUGUGCAUUACAAUGUUCAUUUUUUUCAUUGAAGCUUUUCUAUUGGUGUUGUGACAUGUUGUAUGAUCAAGUCAGCAUACAGCUAAUUUUUUUGUAAAAGAGAAUUUGGUUGAUACCUGAUUAUUUUUUGUGACUUGUUUUUGUCAUAGAUUUACUAUUUUUUCAUCCUUGUAGUCAUUGGCUGUUGAACUGAAGACGGUGAACUAAUCAAUAUUUGAAUUUUCUGCCAGUCUCUAGCUAAAAGUUUUCAUCCUACACCUUCAGGCACCAGUCCCUUUCAAAGAAAUGUACAUCAUAUGAAGUUGAGAGGAAGCACAGAUAUUUUGCAUGUUAGUGGAAACUGCAGAAGACAGUUUGGUUUUGAUGAUAACAAUUAGCCUGAUUUUACUAUACUGCGGUUCCAUAAAUGCUAACUAUUAGCUGUUUCCUCUUUCUUCUCUUUUAUCCUAACACUUAUAAUCUCUGGGAUCCAUAAAAGGGAUGUAAUGGGACAAUUCUACUUUCAUUUCUAUCUUUGCAGAAAACAUGGUACCAUAAUUUCAUGUCAAGGUAUUUAGGGUAAGCAUGUACCUUCAAAAAAAAUGUGUCCAGUUAAAGUAAACAGUACAAAAUUGUAAAAAAAAAUGUUUUCACAGAGUAAGAAAAGAUUAUGCUGACUAUAUUUGUAGAACCAUUGGGGCAGGGUCUCUAGUAUUAGCUGCUUUUAAACUGGGCCGCAGAAGAGGGUGCAGUUUUGUAUCAAGAUGGAUUGUGGUGUUGCAGGUGACUGAAGGAGUUGUGUGGAUCUGUUUAGUGUCAAGGUAUGAUCUCCAGCCAAUGAGGCAGCAGUUUAUUUCUGAGUAUCAUUACAUGAUGCUGACAUGAAA